AUGUCGUCAAACUUUAACUACGAUUACAUUAUAAAGGUUUGCGUUACGAUUCCUUCAACACCAUUAACAUUUGGAUCACUUUUCCGUACAUUAUUAUCGGGGACACAGUCAUGCUUACUUUUACAAUUUACUGACAGACGGUUUCAGCCAGCUCAUGAUUUGACGAUUGGUGUGGAGUUUGGAGCACGGUUUGUGGAUGUUGAAGGGAAAAAAAUUAAACUUCAGAUUUGGGAUACGGCUGGACAAGAAUCUUUUAGGAGCAUAACGAGGAGUUAUUAUCGUGGUGCUGCUGGGGCUUUGUUAGUUUAUGAUAUAACUAGACGUGAAACUUUUGAUCACCUUCUCAUCUGGCUAGAAGAUGCUCGUCAACACGCUAACUCCAAUACUACAAUAAUGUUGAUUGGCAACAAGAGUGAUCUUGAAUCUAAACGCGCUGUUUCCUAUGCUGAAGGUGAAGCGUUUGCCCAACAACAUGGAUUAUUUUUUAUGGAGACCUCGGCGAAGACAGCGGAUAACGUUGAAGAAUCAUUUGUAGAUACUGCCAAAGAUAUUUACGAAAAAAUCAAACAAGGCGUUUUUGACGUUUCAAAUGAGUCGAAUGGUAUCAAGGUUGGAGGGCAUUUGCAACCGAAGACUUUACCACUUAAUACAGAUAACGGCAAUAAUUGUUGUUAA